GUUUAUCGGUGAAGAAUCGUCUGAGAGCAAGAUAACCCUGACUGAUGACCCAAGGAUCAUAGAUCCGGUUGAUGGAACCAUGAACUUCGUCCAUGGAUAUCGAACGUCAUGCAUUUCAUCUCUAGUUAUCAACAAAGUGACUGAAAUCGGAAUUAUUUACAAUCCAUUCAUCAACUGGCAUUUCACCGCAAAACGGGGUCGUGGAAGCUUUCUCAACGAUAAGAAAAUCAGCGUCUCCAAAACAAAAGAAUUAUCUUUGGCCCUGAUUGGAUUUGAAUGGGAACAAGUCGAUACGUUCGGCGGGUCAUGCGCAAUGAACAGGGCUCUGGUAGCUAUGGGUGCAUCAGAUGCUUACUAUGAGUUUGGCGUGCAUGCUUGGGUCGCUGCCGGUGAUAUCCUAGUCAGAGAAGCUGGUGGAGUCGCCAUUGAUCCUGCUGGUAAAUUUG